CCUUUGUAGGUUCCUGCCAUCCUACCGUCACCGACACUUCCGCGCUAGCUCGAAAAACGUGAAAACGAGACGCAUCCACCUCGCAGCCAUGGGCUUCGCAGUUCUACCGGCGCUAAUCCCGGAUAUUCCCAAGGUUUACGAUGUAUACUUCGCCGCCUUCAAAGCAGAUCCCAUGGGAGAGAUAAUGCUUGAUAUCCUCUUCCCUGGCGGGAUCACGGAGGAGUUUCGCAAAGCUCACUCAGAGGGUACGCUAGGCUUUUGGCAUACAAGCCAGUCGCAAUACACUUGGAAGUGUGUCGACACGAAUACCGAUGACAUUGUGGGCAUGGGACUUGCAGAUGUAUAUCUCAAAGAGCGGACCGAAGAGGAACGCAAAAAUCCUGGAAUCAGCUGGUUGGAAGGUGAAGCAAAAGAGAGGGCAGAGAACAUCAUUAAUCCUCUAUGGGAAAUGAAGGAAAAGCUAUGGGGAGGGCGACGUUAUAUAUAUUGCCACGUUAUUGGCGUGGACCCUAAGCACCAGGGACGGAAGGCGGGUGCAGCCCUGGUACGAUGGGGAAUAGACUUAAGCGAGCAGACCGGCCUGCCCGUGUAUUUCGAAGCGUCCCCAUCUACUGUUAAAAUGUACGAGAAGAUGGGUUUUGAAACGCUCAAGGAAACUAUAGUCCACAGGGCUGAGGAUUUGGGCAUAAAAGAGGAUAUCACGGUACCAUUAAUGGUUCGAAUGCCCUCGUGUGCUGGGGGUCAAACAUUUGAGGAAUGGAGAGCAAAAGGAUACCCAGCUUGGAGUGGGUGA